GGACUAUUCCAGGGCCAUGGAGUGAUAUCUGAAGGCCGCCAUCCAGGGAGAAGCCGGUGCCCAGUACAAUCUAAGUACCAUGUACAAUUAUGGCAAGGGCGUUCUCCAGGACUAUUCCAAAGCCAUGGAGUGGUAUCUGAAGGCCGCCAACCGAGGACACGCUGAUGCCCAGUUCAUCCUAGGUACCAUGUACAAUUGUGGCAUGGGUGUUCCGCGUGACCAUUCCAAAGCCAGAGAGUGGUGUCUUAAGGCUGCCGACCAGGGACAUGUUGAUGCCCAAUACAGCCUAUGAACUAUGUAUGAUAUUGGCAAGGAUGUUCCCAGGACCGUUCCGAAGCCAGGGAGUGGCAUCUGAAGGUCGCCAACCGGGAAGACACCCUAGGUGCCAUGUAGGAUCAUGUCAAAGAUAGUCUCAGGACUGUUUUAAGGCGGCAAUAUUGGACUGCAGCGAAAUUUGGAUAUGCUAUUCAUUAACAUGUUUCAUAGACCUCAAUGCGAUUCUGAACGGUACUGUUGAGAACCUCUAGCUCACUAUUAGAUUUUAUACAAAUAAAUACCCAAUCGGUGUGGUGUGUAUGUG